AUGUGCGCGGGCUCGGCGCCGCGGCAGCACUACGGGCAGGAGCACCCGCAGCAGUACCGGCAGGAAUACCGGCGCUGCCUGGAGCGGGAGCUCCGCCGGGGCCGCCCCGGCCCCUGCUCCGACCCCGCCUUCGGGCAGUGGCUGCGGCAGCGGCUGCGGCGGGAGCCGGCGCUGCUGGGGGCCCUGCAGGAGGACGGCCCGGCCCUGCUGGCCCGGGGGCUGCGGGGCUGCCCCGACCCGGUACCGGCGCUGCGGGGCCUGGCCUGCGCCUUCCGGCUGCUGGAGCUGGCGGCCACCAACCUCUACCUCUGCCCCUGGCGCAGGGAGUUCCGCACCGUGCAGACCUUCUCUGGUGCGUACGUGCACUUGCUGCGCCCGGCGCUCCCCGAAGCCGACUUGAUGCAGAGCUUCAGCCAGCUGGGCUACAAACAGCAUGACAGGCACCGUCUGACCAUCUCCCAGCUGCCCCCCGCGCCCAACCUGGUCGCUGCUGCCUGUGGCUUCUUCGCCUGCCAGCUGGAGUGCGAGAUCCUGGUGGAGGUGGUGCAGCGGCUGCGGCCGCGCCAGCUGCGCCCCGAGGAGCUGCUGGAGGCGCGGCGGGUGGCCGGGGACGCGGACGCCUGUGUGGAGAUGCUGCAGCAGCUGGGGAUGGAGCGCCGGGUGGACGCCGACUGCAGUGAUGAUGUGGACCUCUACCUGGAGACACCAGCCAGCCCUGAGGACACGGGGGGAGAGGAUGCAGCCUCCCCAGCACUGUGGAAGGACCCUGGCAGCCCAUGGGACAUGCCCGGGAGGGGCUGGGACCACUGUGGAGAUGGCAAGUGUGGGCAGGAGCAGCUGCCUUCCACAGGCAACCCUGAACUGAACACCUCCUCCUCUCACCUCCUCCCGGAGCAGGAACUUGGUAGAGCUGAGGAUUUGCCCCUCACCAUCCCCCAGGAAGCCCCCGCACUCCCCUGCUACCAGCUGCACUCCUGCCUGCGCCCGGGUGCGCUGCCCUCCUACUGCUGCAGCACCUGCCAGCAGCUCCACACCGGUGCCUGUGCAGCCGGGCAGCUCUGCCAGAGCCGGCACCGUGGGCAGGAGCUGCGUGGCGAGCGGCAGCAGCGGCUCUGGCUGCAGCGGACGGCGGUGGACAUGCUGCUAGCCGACACUGCUGGCCCCUGGGCCUGACCCCCCGGGGGCCACCACUGGCUGUGCCCAGCCUCCACGACAGGGAGGGAUGGAGACACCAAACUCACGCUGUUUGGCCCCUGGGACAGCAGGAUUGUGCCGGGCUCUGGGAGGACGGGCCCCAGCGUUCUCCCCUGUAAGCGGCUCAGUAACCCCAGUAAAGCACGGCUGCCUCGUG